UUUCUUUUCAGAGAUCGCCCUAUAGUGGUAGGUGUUGUCCUUGCAAGCUGGGGGCUCAGCCAUGGUGUGGUUCCCAUCACAGAGGCUUUUCCCAGCUGUAAGGGGCAUGUGCAGCUUUUCAGGCUGCAAGUUCUGUUUCCUUCGCAAACUAUCCAUCGAACCUGUUCAGCAGAAGAAGAUUCCAAACCGCUACCUCGGCCAACCCAGCCCUUUCACUCACCCACACCUACUCAAACCAGGGGAAGUAACGCCAGGGUUGUCACAAACAGAAUAUUCUCUCCGUAGACACAAGUUGAUGGCUCGGAUACAGCAAGAGGUGCCUGGGAUGGACCACACGGUGAUUCUGUUAUCCAAUCCCACCUACUACAUGAGCAAUGAUAUUCCAUACACCUUCCACCAGGACACUAACUUCUUGUAUCUGUGUGGGUUCCAGGAGCCUGACAGCAUCUUAGUGCUGCAGAGCCUGCCUGGCAAACCGUUGCCAUCCCACAAAGCUCUGCUGUUUGUCCCCCGGCGGGACCCAAGUAGAGAGCUAUGGGAUGGACCACGGUCUGGUACUGAUGGGGCAGUAGCUCUCACAGGUGUGGAUGAAGGCUAUACCAUAGAGGAGUUUAGACACCUGGUGGCUAAAUUGAAAGAUGAAUCUACAGUGGUUUGGUAUGAUUUUGCUAAGCCAGUGCAUCCACAGCUCCAUUCUGACUACCUUAUGCACCUGGCUGAGGUCAAAGCUAGAAGCAAGAACCGUAUCCGAGCCAUCCGACCACUAGUGCAAAGCCUACGGCUAGUAAAAUCCUCUGCAGAGAUUGAGAGGAUGAAGACUGCUGGAAAGGUGACAUCACAGGCAUUCAUAGAGACAAUGUUUGCCAGCAAAGUUCCAGUGGAUGAAGCAUUUCUGUAUGCUAAGUUUGAAUUUGAGUGUCGGGCUCGUGGUGCUGACAUUUUGGCUUAUCCUCCCGUGGUUGCUGGUGGCAACAGAUCCAAUACUUUGCAUUAUGUGAAAAACAACCAGCUCAUCAAGGAUGGAGAGAUGGUUUUACUGGAUGGAGGAUGUGAGUCUUCCUGUUAUGUCAGUGACAUCACCCGCACAUGGCCCAUCAACGGCAGGUUCACGGGGGCCCAGGCAGAGCUGUACCAGGCUGUACUAGAAGUGCAGAAAUCCUGCCUGAGACUUUGCUCUCCGGGUGUGAGCCUAGAGAACAUAUACAGUUUCAUGCUAACCCUGAUCGGACAAAAGCUGAAAGAUCUGGGGAUCAUACAGAAGAGCACUACCGAGAACCACCUCUUCAAGGCUGUUCGAAAAUACUGCCCACACCAUGUAGGACAUUAUCUAGGAAUGGAUGUUCAUGACACACCUGACAUAUCCCGCUCGAUCCCCCUCCAGCCAGGCAUGGUGAUCACCAUUGAGCCAGGCAUCUACAUCCCUGAGAAUGAUGCAGGUGCCCCCGAAAGAUUCCGCGGCAUUGGUGUACGCAUAGAGGAUGAUGUUGUAGUGACAGAGAACACACCAUUGAUUCUGUCUGAAGAUUGUCCAAAGGAGAUAUAUGAAGUUGAACAGGUCUGUGGCUCUUGACUACGCUUCACCACCUUUUUCAGGUACAGAUCAGGAA